AUGCACACACCUGCGUUUUGGGCGGUGGUGGUCCCGGCGGUCUCUGUCUUUUUUCUGUUGGGCCUUGCCUCCGUCGCCGUCGCAGUGCCCAAGUUCGAUGCAAGUGGCCAGUACGUAUGCGUGGUUUUCGGGUGCCAGUUUCUUGUGAUGUUCUUCCGGAUUGCGUGCGUUGUUCGCAAGGCGAUACGCCAGUCCUCUCGUCUGAAAACGAAGUUGCCUGAACGCGCAGCUGCAGGUAUGGGGGACAAGUUCUUGGUCCAUCUCAUGGAAGAAUCCCUCAAGUUUUUGGUUGUGGCCGCUGCAGCCGUGUUUUUAGCGAACGAGCGUGCAUCGGUAGCUUCGUAUGCGCUUGUGGUGGCGGGCGUGUUUGCAUGCAACAAGAUCGUGGCCACGUUGGUCACGUUUUCGCCUGUUGGGUACGAACAGCGCUUUGGCAACUUCACGAGAUCACGUGAAAUCUUCGAGGCCCGUUUGGGCCGUGCCGGCGACAAGGCCUCGGUGGGCUCGGAAGGAGCCUGCCACGUUUCUGACAACGGGACCCUCGUCCUGCAGAGCAGCGGCGAGGUUGCCCAGCCGCCUUUCAAACUUGAUCUUUUCGCUUCGAAAAGCGAGCCUCCGAACAUGCCGAUCCCGGGCUCCACGGACUAUGCUUUGGCUCAUCUGCGUAUGAUUGACCGCCUUUACUCCGUGUCCCCGAAGGAUACCAUGUACUAUACAUAUGAGCAUUUUCUGGGGUCUCCAGACGACGGCUGGGCUGGCCCUGCGGAUGACGCGCCGGUGCAGGGAUCUGCAAAUGAGCCAUUGUGCUAUGCUGUCGCGGCUGGCCUGGCGUCCGAGGAAAAGCAGUCAGGCGUAAUCAGUGCCGGCGGCCUGGAUUCUGAAAAUGCAAGCGGAGACACUGCCGGCGCUUUUCCUGUGAAAGAAAGCGCCCCCCAUCUUCUGCGCCCCGCCACGCUGGCCACGGCCCCUUGCGUUAUGGCGCAUCCCGCUUUGCAGAACUCGUGGUGGGCGUGGCUUUUCCCGUGGUGCAACGAAGAGGAUGGUGAGAAGUCGGCGGUCUGCGAAAGGGCUCUUCUCAGAAAGAAGCUCUCAGUUUACUCGUUCAACAGCAACGUCUCAGCAUGCGACAAGCAGGCGAGCUGUUCUGCCGAGUGUGAGGCGUCUUCGCUCAGACUGCGCUGGUCGCAGGCUCUGUAUGGAGCUGCGGACCUCGAAAGCCAGUGCUUGGGGCGCCGUGUGCCAAACUCACAGACGUUCUAUGAGUAUGCGCGGUUUGCCAACAAUUACCUUGAUUUCUGGUCGCCCAGUGUCCAUGGGGUCAUGCGGUGCAUGGACCCGGCGUUCGUGAGAUUUGGCGUUGCCAUCCCGGAUCUCCCCGCGUUCUAUUUUAUCUGCUACAGCGCUGGCGUUUUCAUGUGGCAGGUAUCCUCGACGCUCGUUCUUGCGAUGCCGUUUCUCGGCCGCCACGGGCCGUGGUGGCUUGUCGCCUUGGCACUCGCGACGCUAGUCGUUGCAAAGUUGUUCUCCGUGAACUUCCUCCACGGGCAGUGCACGAGUUCGUACAAAGUGAGUAUUUUUGCAGAGCUCGGCUUGAACGCUUUGUUGUACGGGUUGGCGUAUGUGUGGUUCUAUCUGUCGGUGUGGUCUUGGUAA